AAAUCGGAUCAGGGGCGGGCAGUCAGAAUUUGAUCCAUAGUCAGGUAACUCAAGCAAUCCCUAUUGUCACUGCAAUCAGACCUAUAUAAAUCCUCCUUGACGGACAGCAGACACCACAGCGCCUCACCUCUCAGCCGCAUCACCGUCCGACCACGGAGCAAACUUCUAAAACGGAAUAAAAUGUCGCUCUCAUCUGUCCUUUCUGCUGAUGCCAUCGACAGCGCCAUCAAGGACUGCCAAGCUCCGGACUCCUUCUGUCCAAAGAAGUUCUUCCAGUUGUGUGGCCUGAGCAAGAAAAGCCCCCAGGAUGUGAAGAAAGUUUUUGGGAUCCUGGACAACGAUGCCAGUGGGUUUAUUGAGGAGGAAGAGCUGAAGUUUUUCCUCCAGAGGUUCCGCCCUGGGGCUCGGGUCCUGACAGACAAGGAGACCAAGGCUUUCCUGAACGCUGCUGAUGAUGAUAGCGAUGGAAAAAUUGGAGCGGAAGAAUUCCAAGCUUUGGUCCUGUCCUAAACUGGUGAAAACCCCUCCAUCUAGAUCUCAUCUUAACCUAUCGCCUUCGGUUGAACACAUAAAGGGCUCCUACUUUAGUACUUUAGCAAUUUUCAACCUAGUUAAACAAAACCCUUCCUAAUGUCUUCAUUUCAAUGUAUUCCUUUUCACUAAUAUCUACAUGCCUGUCAUGUUUUUAGCUUUUUGGUUCUUCAUGUGCUUCAGACCAUCAUAAAGCUGUGUUGCCCAAACUAAUAAGCACCUAUCUGUUAAAAUAAAAGGAUAAAAUCUAAUCCC